AUGAUCGAGGUCAGAGCAGCUGCAGCAUCGAUUGGGCUGGCGGCGGCCCUGUAUCUCCUGUUCGUGGACGAGCACGGCAGCAAGGCGAUGGCUUUGGGCCCGGAAGGCCCACUGAUGGAGGAGUUUUGGGACAAUGUGAGGAGGUACGCUCUGUAUGCUCUUACUGUCAGCACCGGGGCGCUCUACACUGUAUUCUUGCCCAUCUGGGAGCUGCUGAAGAACCCAAUCUCCGCAAUCUUGGUUCUGGUUAUAUUCGCUGGUGGGUUCUAUAUUUUGACCCAGGUGGUUUCCGCCAUGGCCGGUCUCACCGAUUUUGAUUACUCUUACGCUUACUAG